AUGAACUGCAGACGGUUCGCUGCAAGAGGUUCACUCACUUCACCCACGCCUCCAAGCGCAGCUUCGCUGGCCGAGAUUCCAGAGAUCCGUUCCCGUGCCAUUGCUGCGCGAAGUUCCACGGAAAUUCUCAUGGUUUUUCAAUAUGCAGAGCUGCUGAUGAUUUUCUUUGUACAAGCCACGGCUGAUAUCGAAUCGCGGGGUUUGCUGGCCUUGAUUGUCAUCUCUUUGUAUCCUGUGCUCUGGAUGAGCCUUGAUCGAUUGGUGGGAGGGUCGGCCACCUCAAUUUGUAUCGUGUUGAUCUCGCUGCUCUUCGCAUCUGUAUCUUAUGCACUGCUGCGAUUCGAUCAGAUGCACCGAGCGACUCUGGAACUGUCGUUGGCUUCUGAAGCCAUUUGCUCACAGGCGAUUCGUCCUGCGAACUUGUCGCACCUCUCUCUGGUCUUUGGAAGUUCCGCUGAUGACUUCCCGAACACAGAUUUGCGACAAAGCGAAACGGAUUUGACAAGCAACUUCCGUCAGGCACGGAUUCACUUUCUCAGCUUUCAGAAUGCUCUGCGCCAAGCCCUGGGCGAAGGUGAAGUGACGAAUGCUACAGCAAAUGCAAAGAUCAAGCGCCUCGCCGACCUUGAAACGAGUCAAGGAGCAGACCAUGAUGUUCUUUCUUGCGAAAUCCAUUGUGAAUCCCUCCAGCAAGUUCAACUGGUGUGGCUUGCGCUAAGCAAAAGAUUUCAACGGGAAGAAGAACCGUGGAAGAUCGUGGCAUUGUGGGAUGGAUUUGCCCAAGAAGAGGAGCGGAGAUGCAGCAAGAUCGUGAUGUCCAUGAACGGUUAUUUGGCCACUGUCGUUCUUUGUGUUGCCUCCUUAACAAGGCUGCAGGGCAACCUCAGUGAACUUUGCCUUUUGGCCGAUGCUUUUGGCCUCUUGGAGGAUGCAAAGCCUCGAAGGUGGCUGCAACGUGACGGUCCAAAUGCAAAGGGCUCAAGUUCUGGAGAGAUAGCGAGUUUGCCUCGCGGCUCACAGAUUUUGGAUGCUCUUCUUCCGGUGCUUCUGUCACUGGCUCGUUUCAUUGCUAUGAUCACGGCAGCUUAUUUCACGUGUCAAUACUUCUUUCGCUACGGCCCUUCCAGCUUGCACGAAAGCAUAGAUCAACUGGGACAGCAUCGCUUUGUCAAAGUCGCCUUUGGAGAACGCUUUGACGGCUCAUGGUGGGAUGCCUUGUGCUUAUCAUUGCCUUAUGCAGUUCUUGUAGUGGUUUUCGCACGCGAUUUGCUUUGCUUUUCUGCUCCGACAGCUCAAAAACGGAAGAGCAGACAGCUGUCACAAAUUGUCUAUGACCGCUAUUUUGGAGUUGAAGGCACCUACUACAUGUUCAAAGUGGCUUUGCUACAGCUCCUGACCAUUUUGCUUCAGGCGUUUGGGAAGCUUCAUUUGCUCGGUGGCAUUGCACUCUUUGCAGAACAACAAAGGCUCUCAGUUGCAGAAUCUUUGAAGGUAACAUUCUGGUUGUUUUGGGCGCUAUUAUUUUGCAACAGCGUCUACCCCAACAUGCUCUUCAUUUUCCCGGAGAGUAUGCGGUGUCGCUACACCUGUGCGAUGCUGGACGUUUUCUUUGAUCUAGGAUAUGUUUUGACCUACUUGGUGAUGGUUGUGAUCGGGGCGACCGAGUUGCAUGUGAACGUGUCUGUUUGGGGUAAUUUUGGAGAGCGCUCGCAGCUGGGCUUUAGCAACAGCAUAAGUCCCAAGUUCGCUUUCCCUGCAGAGUUCCUCCAAUACAUGGCAGUCUAUGUGAGCAUUGCUCACGUGUGCUGCGCUUGUCGUGCUGUUCAGAGAGGGCAAACGCCUGAGUUGGAAGCUGCGAGAGAUGCACGCCCGAAGGUUGUCUGGGCUAAUGUGAGAUGUCAAACAUUGGUGAGACGCUUCCUGAAGUACAUCUACUCACCAUGUUUGACGUCGUUGCUUGUCUACUUGCUGAUCUGUCAGGAUGCUUAUCCAGGGCACAGAGGAGACUUCACGUGCUUCCCUUGCCGGUGUUCCGCUGGACGACUUCAAAGCUGCAGCUUGGCAGUGCAACUGCAGCAAGAGCAGCUUGUCAUUGCUGGUGUCACCAGCAUUGAGCCACAGGCAUUCAAACCUUUGGGUUGCCGCCUGUCGCGGUUGUCCCUAGCAAAUAAUUCCAUAACAAGCUUGGAAGCAAGAAGCUUUGAGCAACUCCCUUGCUUACAGAUAUUGGCUAUCAGCCGGGCAAAACUCAGCAUGCUGGCCAGGGACUCUUUCUAUGGAUUGGGGCAGCUGGAGGUGCUCUCCCUGCAUGGGAAUGAACUCCACAACAUCUCAGGAGACCAUUUAUCCCAUCUGCCAUCCCUUGAGAAGCUUCUGCUUGGAAGCAAGACAGGCUGGAACAAUGAAACACGGACAAAUUACGAUUUGGAAGCCGGAAACUUGAUCAAGUUUUUGCCGCCCCGACUAUUUGAAGGAAAUCCGCACUUGAUUUUGUUUGACAUCAGUGGCAACAACAUCACCAAAGUUGACCGAGACACUUUCGUUGGAGCGACAAACUUGCGAGUCCUGGACCUGAGUCAGAACAGCCUGCGAGAACUUCCUGAAGGACUCUUUGCUGGUCUCUCGAGGCUCCAGAAAGUGUGGCUGAACAACAACCAGCUCAGUGCACUUCCCGAAGGACUCUUUGCUGGUCUCUCGAGGCUCCAGAAAGUGUCGCUGAACAACAACCAGAUCAGUGCACUUCCCGAAGGACUCUUUGCUGGUCUCUCGAGUCUCCAGAAAGUGUGGCUGUACCACAACCAGCUCAGUGCACUUCCCGAAGGACUCUUUGCUGGUCUCUCGAGUCUCCAGAAAGUGUCGCUGUACAACAACCAGCUCAGUGCACUUCCCGAAGGACUCUUUGCUGGUCUCUCGACUCUCCAAGUGUUGGGGCUGUACAACAACCAGCUCAGUGCACUUCCCGAAGGACUCUUUGCUGGUCUCUCGACUCUCCAAGUGUUGGGGCUGUACAACAACCAGCUCAGUGCACUUCCCGAAGGACUCUUUGCUGGUCUCUCGAGUCUCCAGGUAGUGGCUGCACAACAACCAGCUCAGUGCACUUCCCGAAGGACUCUUUGCUGGUCUCUGGAGUCUCCAGGAAGUGUGGCUGCACAACAACCAGCUCAGUGCACUUCCCGAAGACUCUUUGCUGGUCUCUGGAGUCUCAGGAUCUGUACAACAACAGCUCAGUGCUUUCCCGAAGGACUCUUUGCACUCUCCAGUCUCAACAACCAGCUCAGCGCACUUCCCGAAGGACUCUUUGCUGGUCUCUCGAGUCUCCAAUUGUUGGCGCUGUACAACAACCAGCUCAGUGCACUUCCCGAAGGACUCUUUGCUGGUCUCUCGAGUCUCCAGAAAGUGAGGCUGUACAACAACCAGCUCAGUGCACUUCCCGAAGGACUCUUUGCUGGUCUCUCGAGUCUCCAGGAAGUGUCGCUGUACCACAACCAGCUCAGUGCACUUCCCGAAGGACUCUUUGCUGGUCUCUCGAGUCUCCAGGAUGUGUGGCUGUACAACAACCAGCUCAGCGCACUUCCCGAAGGACUCUUUGCUGGUCUCUCGAGUCUCCAGAAAGUGUGGCUGUACAACAACCAGCUCAGUGCACUUCCCGAAGGACUCUUUGCUGGUCUCUCGACUCUCCAAGUGUUGGCGCUGUACAACAAUGAGCUGAGUGCACUUCCCAAAGGACUCUUUGCUGGUCUCUCGAGUCUCCAGAAAGUGUGGCUGAACAACAACCAGCUCAGUGCACUUCCCGAAGGACUCUUUGCUGGUCUCUCGAGUCUCCAGAAAGUGUGGCUGCACAACAACAGUCUCAAGGAAGGCAGUGGCUGAAGAUUUUUUUACUUUGUGCUUUAAAAAAACCUGAGAUCGAGUGGGCUGCCAUACAUGUGGGAUAUGUGGCAGUUGUGGUUAUAUUCCUGUUGGUAAAAUUUGCGCCGGUUGGUUGGCACUGC